GUAAGCUACAGAGCCGAAGUAGAGAAUAUUACAGGCAUUCAACCUAGCAGAGAUGGUAACAAAAGCUUCAGCCCAUCACAUGACCUCAUGUGCUGUCCCUUCCUUUUCUUGUUUCGUUUCCCUCUCUUCACAUCUCUAAUCCAAAAAAAAACCCAACAAGACCCGAAAUAACAAUCUUCUCCCUGGUUAAAAUCUUUGUUCUUUUCCUCUUCUUAGCGAUUCAUGCAAAGGCAACAAAACGCAGAUCCCACCACCGUCAGUUAUUAUAGGAUUCUCAUUCACAUCCCAAAAACAACCCCAGAAGUUUUUCCUUUAUUAUUGUUCGUUAUCUUUAUUUGUUUUAUAUGUUUACAGCUUUUAUACAGUGAAAGAAAGAGUGGGGAGUGAUUAUAUAUAAUUUCUUUCGAAUUGUUUUUUUAUAUCGCAUCUGAAGAAAUGGGUAGUGCUGGAAUCUUGAUUUGGUGGUGAAUUGUGGGGGAUAUUUGGUUCAAAGAUGCGGCGGCGGGCUGCCGAUUACCGGCGCCCGGUUCGUAGGAGGUUUUCGCAUUGGAUCUGUGCGCUGCUUGGGCUGUUUGUUCUUGCCGUAUUGGUUUUAUUUAUUGUUCAUCAUAAUCAACAUGAAGAUCGGGUUGAGCAGACUGUUAAUGAAGAAGAUUCAAGAAUGGAGCAGGUUGUUCAUGAGAAUUUAAACUUUACUGAAGAAAUAUUGAGUGCUACCUCAUACUCUCGGCAGUUGGCAGAGCAAAUGACACUUGCCAAAGCUUAUGUCAUAAUUGCAAAAGAGCACAAUAACCUUCACCUUGCUUGGGAGCUAAGCUCAAAGAUUAGGAGUUGCCAGCUUUUGCUUUCAAAAGCUGCAAUGAGAGGGCAGGCCAUUACACUAGAGGAAGCAGAGCCGAUAAUUAGCAGUCUAUCGUCUCUUAUUUAUAAGGCACAAGAUGCUCAUUAUGACAUUGCAACUACAAUAGUGACGAUGAAAUCUCAUAUUCAAGCCCUUGAAGAGCGAGCUAAUGCAGCCACUGUUCAGAGUACUGUGUUUGGACAAUUGGUGGCAGAAGCAUUUCCCAAGAGUCUUCACUGCCUAAUUGUCAAGCUCUCAGCUGAUUGGCUUAGAAGGCCAUCCCUUAAAGACCUUGCAAAUGAGCAGAGAAACUCUCCUCGACUUGCGGACAACAAUCUCUACCACUUUUGCAUAUUUUCAGACAAUGUCCUUGCAACCUCAGUAGUAGUUAAUUCUACAAUUUCCAAUGCUGAUCAUCCUAAACAGAUAGUUUUCCAUGUUGUCACCAAUGGGGUUAGCUAUGGAGCUAUGCAGGCUUGGUUCCUUAGCAAUGACUUCAAGGGGUCCACUGUAGAGGUGCAGAACAUAGAGGAGUUCUCUUGGUUGAAUGCUUCUUAUGCUCCCAUUAUAAAGCAGCUACUUGAUGUAGAUUCACGGGCCUACUAUUUCGGGGAAAAUCAAGAUUUGAAAGUUGAGUCAAAAUUGCAGAACCCUAAAUAUAUUUCCUUGUUAAAUCACCUUCGGUUUUACAUACCAGAGAUCUAUCCACAGCUGGAGAAGAUAGUAUUUCUUGAUGAUGAUGUUGUUGUCCAGAAAGAUCUAACACCUCUUUUCUCAUUGGAUUUGCAUGGAAAUGUAAAUGGGGCGGUGGAGACUUGUCUUGAAUCAUUUCAUCGUUAUUACAAGUAUCUCAAUUUCUCAAAUCCGGUCAUCAGCUCUAAGUUUGAUCCACAAGCAUGUGGAUGGGCAUUUGGCAUGAAUGUUUUAGAUUUGAUUGCCUGGAGGAAAGCAAAUGUCACUGCAAGAUAUCAUCACUGGCAGGAGCAAAAUGCUGAUCGGACACUAUGGAAACUGGGAACUCUUCCUGCCGGUCUUUUAGCAUUUUAUGGGCUCACAGAACCCCUUGAUCGGAGAUGGCAUGUGUUAGGAUUAGGUUAUGAUCUUAACAUUGACAACCGCCUUAUUGAGAGUGCGGCGGUUGUUCACUUUAACGGGAACAUGAAGCCAUGGCUAAAAUUGGCAAUUGGAAGGUACAAGCCUCUAUGGGAAAGGUACAUAAAUCUGAGCCACCCAUAUCUCCAAGAUUGUGUCACAAGUUAAAAUGUGCUAUUUUUUUUGGUUAUUGUUAGUAAUUUAUGUGAUAGUCAAUGAUAUAAACCCAUAAGGCUGAUCAGGUUUAUUUGUAGAGUCGGAAAUGAAAAUUUUGACUUUGUUAGGAGAUUUUAAAUUUCUUUUCUUUAUUUUUUUAAUCUUAGUUUUUCUUUUUCA